CCGUCUUUCCUCAUUAGACUUCCGAAAAUUCACAAAGCUUGAAAACAGUUUGAUUCACUGAGCAAAGAGCGUUUUAUCUCCUCGAUUUUGGAAUCUCCAUUUGCGAUGGAAGGUUCGGCUGAUCAAACCACGAAAGCUUUAUCUGAACUAGCCAUAGAUUCUUCUACCACCUCGAAUGCUGCUGCUGACCCUGCCGCUGCUGAUGCUGCUGAACCUCGGAGUAAAAAUGCUCUGAAGAAGGAACUGAAAUUGAAGCAGAAAGAGGAAGAGAGGAAACGCAAGGAAGAAGAAAAGGCAAAACAAGCUCCCAAGCCAAGCUCCCAGAGCCAGAAGUCAGUGGCAGCAGAUGAUGAGGAGAUGGAUCCAACGCAAUACUUUGAGAACAGAUUGAAGUAUAUUGCGGCUGAGAAGGCUAAAGGAGAGAAUCCAUACCCUCAUAAGUUUUCUGUGUCAAUGUCAAUUCCUGAGUACAUUGAGAAGUAUGGUAGUUUGAACGAUGGGGAUCAUAUUGAAGAUGCUGAAGUUUCUCUGGCUGGCCGGAUAAUGAGCAAGCGAUCUUCCUCUACCAAGCUUUUCUUCUAUGAUCUACACGGUGAUGAUUUCAAGGUUCAAGUUAUGGCUGAUGCAAGGAAGUCAGGAUUGGAUGAAGCUGAGUUUUAUAAACUCCAUUCGAAUGUUAAGCGUGGUGAUAUUGUUGGAGUCACUGGAUUUCCAGGAAAAACAAAGAGGGGAGAAUUGAGUAUCUUCCCCCGAUCAUUUAUUCUUCUGUCCCAUUGCCUCCACAUGAUGCCGAGAAAGGCUGAUAAUGUGAAUGCAAAGAAACCUGAAAGCUGGGUUCCAGGGGAAACGAGAAAUCCUGAAGCAUAUGUCCUGAAAGAUCAGGAAUCAAGAUAUCGCCAGCGUUAUCUUGAUCUCAUGUUGAACGUGGAGGUUCGUCAGAUAUUCAAGACCAGAGCUAGUAUCAUCUCCUACAUCCGUAGAUUCCUCGACAAUAAAAAGUUCUUGGAGGUCGAGACACCUAUGAUGAACAUGAUUGCUGGUGGAGCUGCUGCGAGACCAUUUGUGACACAUCACAAUGAUUUAGAUAUGAGGCUGUACAUGCGUAUCGCACCUGAACUCUUUCUUAAGCAACUCAUUGUUGGUGGACUGGAACGUGUUUAUGAGAUAGGAAAGCAAUUCAGAAACGAGGGUAUUGACUUGACCCAUAAUCCGGAGUUCACCACUUGCGAGUUCUAUAUGGCUUUCGCAGACUACAAUGACCUGAUGAAAAUGACUGAGGAUAUGGUCAGUGGAAUGGUCAAGGAAUUAACAGGUGGUUAUAAAAUCAAGUAUCAUGCUAAUGGGUAUGAUAAGGAUCCAAUUGAAAUCGACUUCACUCCUCCGUUCAGGAGAAUUGAGAUGAUAGGAGAGUUAGAGAAGGUGGCUAACCUGAAUAUACCAAAAGACUUGACUAGCGAAGAAGCCAACAAGUAUCUGGUUGAUGCAUGUGCGAGGUUUGAUGUCAAAUGCCCUCCUCCUCAAACAACAACUCGUCUGUUAGAUAAACUUGUUGGUGAAUUUCUGGAAGUGACAUGUGUGAACCCAACUUUCAUCAUCAACCAUCCCGAGAUCAUGAGUCCAUUGGCAAAAUGGCACAGAUCGAACAAUGUUUUGACAGAGAGAUUCGAGCUGUUCAUCAACAAACAUGAACUAUGCAACGCCUACACGGAGCUGAAUGAUCCUGUGGUACAGCGCCAGCGUUUUGCUGAUCAGCUGAAGGACCGACAAUCUGGAGACGAUGAAGCGAUGGCUUUAGAUGAGACAUUUUGUAAUGCUUUAGAAUACGGAUUGGCUCCUACAGGUGGUUGGGGAUUGGGAAUCGACAGACUGACUAUGCUCUUUACUGACUCACAGAACAUCAAGGAAGUUAUUCUCUUCCCGGCGAUGAGGCCACCACAGGACGAGUCAGCAGCCGCCAAAGCUCCUUCACAAACAGAGAAGAACUAAGGAGAGUCUGCACCGACUGAGCAUUUAAAGUUUGGUAGUCAUUAGGCUAUUAUGGCGCUCUGUUCUCAAAUUACUUGUAAUUGCAGACCAAAUUGUUUAAACAAGAAAAGAAUUACCAAUGAGUUAUUAUCAAAGACCUUUGUAAGACUCUCUUUGCAAUCGUCGACGGUUUCUUGGCCGUGAUUUCACUCGGAUAUUGAAGUUCCUGUUUUGUCUAA